AUGUUUCCACUCCAUUUUCAUUACGAAGAUGUAUCACGUCAGGAUCCGUUGCUCAAACCGAAUCACGCCAACGUUAUGGAAGUUCCUGGAUCGUGUGAAAUCAGAGUUGUUCCAAAGCCAUUUGCACCCUCUUCUUUCGGAAGCCAAAAUGGAAAAUUGGCUAUGGAGAUUUCGCGCGGUCAGAGAUUCGUACAGACACAAAGGAGUUCGACAGGAAAGUCGUUUCGAUCCAAUCCAUUCUUGGGGUCCGAUAAAGAAAGAGUCACUGUCAAUGACCUAGCACGACAAAGCACUCUCCGAGGGCAUUUUCAGUCUAAUUUUUCGGUCAGAAUCUCAACAGUAAUGUCUCUGUUAUCUUCUCCGGUCGAAAUACGGGAAAACCCCAUUCAAUUAUCGAUGGAAACUUUUUUUUGCGAAUUCUCCCCGGAACUGGAAGAUCAUUUCGAGAUCUUCGAGCAUAUUCGAGGGUUCCAUGUUACUAUUGUAACUUCGGCCAACACACAAGAUGAGACUUUACCACCGUGGAGCGGCUUUUUUCAAAAGGAAGAGGGGGAUGUCAGAUAG